UCUGCUUGAUGGUAUGAUCCUUGUCUGUCAUCACCUGAUUGGUCGCAUGGACGUCAUUAACACAACAUUCAGUCACAGUCAGUGCAUGGAGUGCCAGUGGCGCGGAGAACAUCGUCUUAUCAUUCUGCCUUAAAUUAAGUAAAGAAAAAAAAAAACGGCUCUCGGACAGGAGCCGGCUCUUAUCGUUCACUUAAAAGAGCCGGCUCAAUGAACCGGCUCGUUCGCGACCAACACAUCACUACAAGAUAACAGGAACGCACAUGAAUAUUGUGUUUCUCACCGGAGCAUUUUAUGCAACGGACUGUCAACAAAUAAAAUGUCACCUUAGUUAGCUGAAGUCUCCUCGACGCUACAGAUGUCAGGUGAAAGCUCGUGUCGGUGUUAAAGAAGAUCAUCAGAGCUGCUGGAGGCUAAACACUGAACUGCUGGAGGCUGAACACUGAACUGCAGUGAAGUCAUGGUGCUGAAGAUCUUCUUCCCGCAGUGCUGUAACCGGGCUGACAGCGGCCUGCUGGUCGGCCGCUGGAUCUCCGGCCAUGACUCUGCCGUGGUGCUGGCGGUCAUCCACUACCCGUUCAUUCCCGGACAGGUCAAACAGUACAUCCAGCAGAUUCAGAGCCAGAGUAAGGUGGAGCUGUCGGUGCUGGGCUCGUGGAGUUUACCCAAAGAGGGUCAGGAGGGCAUGGAGAGCUUCCUCAGAGACCUCAGCACCAUCUUCCCCCAGGAACGCUGGCUCCAGAUCAACCGCGAGAUCGGCAAGACGGGCUUCACCUGCCAGAUCCUCAACCGGGAUCAGAAUGGAAGAUUAGUUCAGCCGGAGACUAAAAAGAAGAAUGAGAAAGGUGAUGGAGCGGCUGGAGAUGAUGAAGAGCAGCAGCAGCAGGAGGAGGAGGAGGAGAAGGUGAUCUUCGUCCACUACGAGCAGAGGAAGGUGAUGCUGUCGCAGCUUCACCCCAUCGAGAACGGUGUUCCCGACCCCAAAACUGAUCCACCGUCUGAGCUGAGACAGAUGUUCCACACGGUGGCCAACAGCCAGCCUCUGUUCUUCCUGGACAGAUACGACGACGGGCCACUGAAGUCGACCCACUGGCAGACUGAAGGCCGAGAGGCCAGCAUCAUCGUGGAAUUGUUCAAACAUGCCUCCGUACCGCUCUGUAUGCUCAUCAGCUGGCUGCUCUCCAUAUGGACCUGGAUCUGUGACAUCCGGCUCUUCAGUCUUUACCCGCUGCGCUUCCUGUCCAGUAAGCUGUCCACCUGUGUCCAGCUCAGCUACAGAACACAACACAUGAAGACGCUCAGCUCACCGAAACCCACCGCCGGACACACACAGUUCAUGAGGAAAGCGAACAUCGUGGUGUCGUUCCUGGUGGAUGUGGCUCUCGGCAUGUUGCUCAUGUGGUGGCUCUACAGAGACAACCACAUCACCAUGUUGGCCAAUACACUGGUGCCUGCAGCUGAUCAUGUGGCUAAAGAGCUGGAGGAGCUGCUGCAGUGGCUGAUGGGAGCUCCAGCAGGGCUGAAGAUGAACCGGGCCCUGGACCAGGUUCUGGGCCGCUUCUUCCUCUACCACAUUCACCUCUGGAUCAGCUACAUCCACCUGAUGUCUCCCUUCAUCGAGGGCAUCCUGUGGUACGGAGGCCUGUCGGCCUGCUUCGGCCUGACCUUUGCCCUCUCGCUGCUCUCUGACAUGGUCGCCCUGCUCACCUUCCACAUCUACUGCUUCUACGUCUACGGAGCCAGGUUGUACUGUCUGAAGAUCUACGGCCUCUCGUCUCUCUGGAGGCUCUUUAGAGGGAAGAAGUGGAACGUCCUGCGGCAGAGAGUGGACUCCUGCUCUUACGACAUGGACCAACUCUUCAUUGGGACGCUGCUGUUCACGGUCCUGCUGUUCCUGCUGCCCACCACGGCGCUCUACUACCUGGUCUUCACUCUGUUGCGGCUGGUGGUGGUGCUGUUCCAGGGUGUCCUCCACCUCAGUGUAGACUUCAUCAACUCCUUCCCUCUGUUCGCUAUGGGGCUCCGCAUCACUCGGUCGUACAGACUCGCAGAGGGUGUAAAGUUCAGGGUGCUGUGUGAAGAGCCUGGGACGGCCCUGCACCUGCUGAUGGAGAUGAACCCUCUGAAGUGCAGCACAGUGGUUCAGACCUACCGCACCCCGACUUACAGCUGUUACCCCAAAGACUCUUGGGCUGGCCUGGUCAAGAAACUGUUUGUCGGGGAGCUGAUUUACCCCUGGAGACACAAAACCACCAAGACUGACUGAGAGACAUCAGCCGGAGAAAAGGAGAGAUGAGGGAACAAAGGAAAGGGAAGUGACUGAAUAAAUAAUGAGAUGGAAACAGACAGAUGGAGGGAAAGAGGCGAGCAAGGGUGAAAUCAGUAAAAAAAAAGACCUCUGAGUUACGCUGCUUUCAUGUUAGAUCGGAAGAACGUCACAGAAAGUGUGUGCUAAAAAGACUGAAACUGCCAGGUCAGCACACCUUAUCUGAUCAGCGCGAGAAAGAAGAACAAAUAUUAGUUUAUAUUUUAGAACGCAGCGAAACAUGGCAACAUCAGCCGCAAACCUAAAAACCAGCAAGUAGUCCCGUCCUGCUGUCGUAAGAACUGUGAUCAUAAAAUGACUUUCAGUACAUUAAUUUUACAUACACAAUCAUUUUAUUAAGGACUUGACAUCAGGUGUUUUCUUUUGUUGUAGAGGUCAGAAAUUAAAUUAAAUAUGAAAACUUACACUCCAGUAAUUAACUUAUAUGCACCAUGUUUCCAUCAAGGAAACAACACUAGAGGACCAAAACAAUUCUGUUUGAAUGUGGGACACAAAUAUCCCACAUUAUCAAAUAAAAGUAAUUUAAAAUCCUCAGAUGAGACUUGAAAAUCCGACAGCAUAUUAGGGCAUUGUAAUUUAAAAAAUAAAUAAUUCUGGAGCCGGGGGAGGUGGGUAAUAUUUGCUAGAACGUUACUAUUUAAAACACUUUAGACUUGCACUGAAACCUGCGCAAGCAUGAUACUGUUUAUGCAGAAGUGUUUCAAAUAGUAAGGUUUUAGUGAAGAUGCGUGUGUUUGGGAAGUAGUGAGCACCAGACUGAAUAAAUGAGACUUGGAUUAUA